UCCUUUGUUUAAUUAGUUGGUUUUGUCUGUGGCAUGUCAUAUUUGUGAUGGCGGUGCUAGCUUGGGGGCUUUGCUGCCUUGCUUAGUCGUAAAUUUACGAUACAAUACUUUCUGAUUGAUUUCGAAGUUACUAAUAUUGUUUUAUAAAGUUUUAUUUUGUUCUGUUAUUUUUCAUGUAUAAAUCAUGAUGUAUUUCUUUGAGAUCGCUGAAGUUUGCAAGAUAACAAUUCUUGGCGCUAAGAAAACAAUUAAUGAUUCUUGAUGAAAAAUGUGCUUAUUAGAACCUUAUUAGCGUAAGAGGAUUAUUAAACUUCGAUGCAAGACAGUUUAGUGCUAUAUAAUUCUUCUUAUUAUUAGUUGAAUCAAAAGAAGCACCAUGAAUGAUGUUCGAGACAAAGUUGUUGCCGGGUCUUCGAGUUGGGAGAACACAACAACGCGAAGCGACUCAUCACCCGAGACCCAGUCAUCGCCCGGCGGCAGUGGGGAGACCCCCCAGACGCCCGGAGCGCCAGCGCCGCUGGCUCCACACCUUGCUGCCGACUUACAUCCAGAUCUCAUACAACAGGGCUGGCGCAAGUACUGGUCCAAACGAGAAAACAGACCAUACUUUUGGAAUAAGCUUUCUGGGGAAUCAAUGUGGGAGUUACCGGCGGUAAAAAGAGAUUUUGACCCUAUCACAGACCCCCUUGGCAUUUGUCACACUGGUCCACCCAAUGCAGGUAAUAUGACUCCAAGUGCCAGCAAACGUCGACCUUCAGAGGACAAUGGACCUCCUCCUAAAAAGUUUAUUCUGGCAGGGCCUUGGGAUAUUGAGGUGCCAACAAAUGUGGUUAUAUAUGAGCGGCCCCCAACAAUCUGCCCCCAUCCUCAUCCAGAAAUAGAAGGUUUCAGAUUUACACUUGCAAACAAACUUCGGCAAUGCUAUCAAGAGUUGUGUCAUACCAGAGAGGGUAUUGAUGCUCCAAAGGAUUCAUUUAAUCGUUGGCUCAUGGAGCGAAAAGUGAAUGACCAAGGAGGUUCAGAUCCACUUUUGCCAAGUCACUGCUUCCCUGAAAUAUCCCGUUCUAUGUAUGAAGAAAUCAUGAAUGAUAUACCAAUCAAGCUGACACAUCCAAAAUUCACUGGGGAUGCUCGUAAACAAUUGUCACGCUAUGCUGAAGCUGCAAAGAAAAUGAUAGAAUCCAGGAAUGCAUCACCUGAAAGUCGUAAGGUGGUGAAAUGGAAUGCAGAAGAUACAUUCCAAUGGCUUCGACGCACUGUUGGAGCUACUUAUGAUGAUUUUCAAGACCGACUUGCACAUCUACGGAGACAAUGCCAGCCACAUUUGGCUGAAACAGUCAAGGCUUCUGUGGAAGGCAUUUGUUUGAAAAUAUACCACUUAUCUGCAGAGUAUGCGCGUAAAAUAAGAGAGAAGCAUAGUGCUCUGUUAAAAGAAAAUGGAAUACAGGAACUGCCGGCGCCGUUGCAGCAAGCUGCACUACGGAAGGUGUGGUGCUACCCUGUGCAGUUUGCUCUACCGGCCCCGCGGCCGCCCCUAGUCGAGCACUUCCUCGACCGCGACCAGGCACUGCUGCGCUACCUUGGCGAGACGCAGGUCAUCAAUGCGGCCUACCUCCAGAAGCUGGAAUGCCUAUACCGGUACAGCUGUUUCGAUGACAAGAAGUUCGAGCAGUUCCUCUCUCGCGUGUGGUGCGUGCUGCGGCGCUACGCGGCGUGGGUGGGCGCGGGCGGCGACGCGCAGCUCGCACAGAUGGCGCUGCCCGUGCCCGUGCUCGAGUGCUUGCACCGUUGCUUCGGUGUCACGUUCGAGUGCUUCGCUUCCCCGCUCGAUUGCUACUUCCGUCAGUACUGCUCGGCGUUCGCCGAUACUGACUCGUACUUUGGAUCUCGUGGACCGUUCCUGGAGCUGCGGCCGGUGUCGGGGUCGAUGGUGGCGCACCCGCCGUACUGCGAGGAGCUGCUGGAGGCGGCGCUGCGCCACAUGGAGCGGCUGCUGCAGGACUCGGCCGAGCCGCUGUCCUUCCUCGUGGUGCUGCCCGAGUGGCCCGAGCGCCACACGCACGCGCUGCACAAGCUGCAGGCCAGCCACUUCAAGCGCAAGCAGGUGGUGAUACCAGCUUUUGAACAUGAAUAUCGACAUGGCUUCCAGCACGUAGUUCCAAAGAACGAGGUGUACUUCCGCUGGGGCGGCGGCACGGUGGUGGUGUGGCUGCAGAACGCGGCCGGCUUCGCGCGCUGGGGGCCCACCGACGAGCGCGUGGAGGCGCUGCUGGACGCCUGGCGGCCGCGCGCCAAGCUGCGCUCCCCGCCGCCCGCCGCGCCGCCCGACGCCGCGCCCGCUGUCGCCGCCACCCCCGCGUCCGCGUCCGCGUCCGCGCCCGCCGCGCCCGACAAGCGCCCCAACGACAAGGUGUAGAGGUUCAUGGCGCUCCGAGCGGCCCACGUUCACCGAGCGUCCCAAGUGUCAAUGGCGACCUGCAUGGACACAUUAUGAACUAAUUCAUUUUCUUAGUGGCCGUGCAAUUUUGCAGCCGGGUGUACAGAUUUGGAAUCAGAAAUGUAAGCGAUGACUGCUGUGAUCCCGAAUGGUGAAAUGCUCCUAUGUAAAAUAAAAUUAUACAAUCAUGUAUGUGCGCGAUUGGUCGUUUGCGCGACGCGACCGGUCGUCCGAGGAGCCCGUGAAGAAAAGUAUCGAAAGCCAAAAGCUAGCCGAAAUACGAUAGGAAAUUGAAAAGGGUCUAUUAUUGAAUCGAAUAGAAUUUAUCCUAAUUUACUCGGCUGGAUACCGAUAUACAAAUCCACUUAGAAAAUUUACUCAAACUAUAACGUCUACUAAAAGCCUUAAUGCACUGGGGUUAAAUUAUGCGUGCAACAGUAUACUUAACUAAUACCGCUCCAUCCCGUCCAAAAACUGUUCGAAAACGUUUGUCUUUCCUUUAUACAUGACUUGUUUUAAAUAAAUAUACUUUUAAUAACCCAAACCAAACCCUUUACCUGCAUUUAUCUUCAACAAGUUAAAUUUACUAACAUGUGAACAGCUAGUCCUGUCGUCCUACUAGCCUGAAAUUAUUUUCUUUCUAUGCUAUCUUUAGGAAUAUUAUUCAACUUCUUUUGAUAAAUUGACUUAAGAUUUAAUCGUAUUACUGACUGUAUGUAUGUUACCUCCACAGUGCGCUACAGCUGUAAUAAUUAAUCCUUGCCCAUCGUGUUUUUAUGUUCGUGUCAUGCGUUUUUAGUCAGUUAGUACAGUCAGCGUCAAAUACUUUGUAGCAGUCAAAGUGGCCAAAUAGUUCGGUACACCAUACUUAAUAUAUGGUGUACCGAAUUAUUUGGCUACUUUGGUUGCUACAAAGUAUUUGACGCUGACUGUACAUAAAGUACCGAGUCUACUACUAGUAGUAGCAUGACACAUACGAAUAUUUCCGAGAAAAUUAUUAUUAUUAUAUAAUUAUAGGCGAGCAGCUAUUUAGCUGAUUAGCCUAUGUCACACAGUGGCCUGUAUUAUACAGUUCAAAGUUUGUAAAGUCGUAUCACAUCAUUAAGUAACAUCAGUCUAAUAGACAUGUGUAAGUAAUGCGCGUAACAUCACAAAUGAGAUAUCACUCAAACGUGUAAUAUUGCAUUACGCAUCACUCCGAGAAACCAAGCAUUACUUCAAACAUCACUCGAGCAUACGACUGGCCGAAGCGCGCGUAAACUCGUAAAGCAUCAAUAUAGAUUGACGCGCCGGUAGUCGGUACGAAAGGUCCGUUCAAGUACAAUCCGCGUAAUGUAUAAUGAGCAAUGAGACGUGAUGGUGUGAUGUUUGUUUGCCAUGCUAUCAUUACUUUGCUAUCCCGCCCGCACCCGCACUCACUGCUCGCUCGCUCUCAUUCCGCAAUGCUUUCGGAACACUUCGGAUCGGUCCGCUCGGCCGGUCGUAGCAGUCGCAUUUGAGUUAUUGCAAAUUUCAUUAAAUUGAUACGAUAACGGAUUUUUGCACCUGCAAUCGAUUUAAAAACUGUAAUGCGUUACCAUAGAGCUUACAAUGUUUUUAGUAUUUUACCUAUAAUGAUGCGGCUAAAUGAUAAUUCGCUUGCGAGUUUGAAUUUGACGAACAAAAACGUAUUUACUGUUUAUUAUUGUUGUGAAAUGUUUGGUUUGGUUGACUUUCGCGGAAAACUAAAUUAAGCACGAGUGAAGUUACUUAUUUAUCUUUAAUUUAAUAGUGAGCUAGUGUUUACAGUACAUUUUUAUUGAUAUACUUACCCAAAUAAAAAUACUACCUAGUGACUCUCGAUGGCGUUAUCUCAUUAAUUAACAGAUAUUUUCUUUUAUUUUUUUAUCUAUGAUGCAUAUUUUACGACUAUAAAAAGAAAAACAUUAACAAAAACGAUCUAUCACAUAGCGGUGACAAAACGCAAUGCGUAAUAGAUCGACGCGCCGAUAUGAUACGCCCUAGAGUCCUAACACUCGCUGCGUAAUGUAGUUGGUACUGUGAUGACUGUGAUGAGUGUGAUGUUGCCAUCACGCGCGCGCCCGCGCGCUGUAUUCGUUCGGGUAAAUGUUUCGUUUCGAGUGAUAAGUGAUGUGAUAUCUCAGUGUAACAUUACGUUUUCGAAAAAGUGAUGUGAUAUAGCAUUACUUUUUGAAGCACUGUUUCGCGCAUGUCUACAGUCUAACUUAUUGUUUAAAAGCCACUUGUCCAAUCUGUUUUUAAAAACAUUGAUCGAGGGAGUAGUUACAACACUAUCCGGUAAACGGUUACAAGCCGCCACGACACGGUUGGACAAAGAAUGAUAUGCAGCUUUAGUAGUAGUGGGAGUGCGAACAAUUCUUAAGCUUUGACCUCGGGUCUCGCGGCUGAUAGUUCUCUUGUUGAUUAUAUCGUGAAUGUCGGGGAGGUUGUAACAGUGGGUAACAAUCUUAAAACACUCGAUAAGGUCUCCUCUCGCUCUCCUGGCUUUGAGUGUGGGCAGCUUCAGUACCUUUAGCCUUUCUUCAUAAGGUAGGCGUUUGAGCUUAAAUGGAAAAUAUCCAGUGCGAAGUCCACUCCGUUAACCUAUCCAAAUCGGAUUGCAGCUGACCAGAAGAAACAUGAAGGUUAGCGAAGAACUUUCCAUCAUCUGCAAAGAAGCACGAUUCUGACUCUAUUAGUGCUAUUAAGUCAGUCACAAAUAUUCCAAACAGAGUCGGAGAUAAGACAGAUCCCUGAGGUACUCCACUCAGCACAUUUAGUGGUGAGACGGGCCGUCACCGACUCGCACACUGAAGGUUGUCUGACAGGUACCCUUCUAUCCAUUUUAGUAGCUUUCCACGGAUUCCAAAAUACUAUGGGAAAAGAUUAUUCACUACAACCUGUAUCUUUUGUUAAUCAAGGGCCUUCAGUGUAGUUUAGAUAAAGAUUUGUGCAAUAGGGAAGAGAUAUGUUUAUACCUAAUUUCGGCUAGUUUUUUGAGCGACACAAACUGUCAAUGGACGUCGUUUCUCAGACAUUUGAAGGGGUCGGGGAAGAGCUAAGGCACAAUGUAGGAGUUUCUCGAGUAGUGAAUGCAAUCCCGAAUUCGAGAUCCCGGAAUUUUAGGGAUCCCGAGUAGAUUAAAAAAAAGUAAAAUUCGAUUGAAUUAAAACGAUAAUAACGGCAUGUUUGUGAUGGUGACGAUAAUUAAAAUAACAUAUUAAUAGACAGAAAACAAAAACCUUUAUUCUUUAAUAUUAUUAUAUAACUAAAUCAUCAUCAGUUUUUCUUGGAAAUUAACAAAGGUAAUCAAAACAAUAAGUAUAACUGUAAUAAGAAUCAAAGCAAUAAGGAAUUAGAGAGUAUUACAGGUGGUUUUGAAAGUGACUUCUUAAAAAACAAAGGGUAUUAAGAGUGUUAUCUGCUAAACGGCAUCUUACAUCCGUUGCAAUCUGCCAGCUGCUGAGAACUGGACGUGUGUAGCGUCCCGUCAAUCCCGAACGGGAUCUCGUCAUAUUAUACGUCGGGAUUGAUCCCGAAAAAUUACACGGGAUCUCGCGAGAUCGGGAUCCCGCGGGAUCGGGAUUGCGUUCCCUAUUCUCGAGUCAAUAAUGUAUUGUACCUUUAUCAAAGUCCCUUUUUCACACUGCCGCGCUAAACAUAUCUGUACAGCAGAAUAGUUAUUUACAAUACAAGUGCAGAAAAUAGGAAAUUCGCAACAAGUGUUGAUAAAUUACGACACGAGUCGAAAAUCGACACGACUUGCGAAUUACCUAUUCGCACGUGUGUUUCUAGUUCCUCCUUCACGCGGCAGCGUUAUUAAUGCAAUUUAAUACAUUUAACUGAAAUCAAAGAGUCAUUCUACCCAGCCAAUUAUCUCAAAAACAAAUGAUUUUUUAAAAUUAAUAUUUUAAGUAUGGUAUAUGUUUGCAAAUUGAAUAAUUUUGAUUUGAGAUACCGCUAUGAGGGCAGUAUUGAUCUUAGAAGAUAGGUAAAGUCUAAGAAAAAUUGUAAAGUAGAUGGUGCUGUACGGUCCACUAACAUUUUGCAUAAAUUAUGCGGUAAACUCUUUCAAUUACUUACCACAUAAUAUGCCCCCGUAACAUAGUUUCACAGCGGGGAUACUUUAACUAUCAAUAUAUAUUAACUGUUUGAUUUGAUUAAUAUAUAAAUAAUGUUGAGCAUCUUUCUCUGACCCCUUCAUAUGCGUAGUAUAUUUGUGUAGGGUUGUAAAAAAUGUGUUCUCUCGGAUUAGGAAAGAUGCUAUAUAGGUUUAUAAGUGUAUGUGGGUGAUAGGUGGCGACGAAAUGCUAAUUUCGCUUAUUAUCUUUGAUAUUGUACACACAAAAUCUGAAUGCGGCACUUUGUAGAGAUUACCUACAAAAUCGAGUGUAUGUAUGUUUUGUACAUAAUGAUAAAUUUGUAUCAUGUAUAUACAUAUUAUUUAGUUGUAAAGAUAAUUUCGAUUAUCAUUUUUUUAGUUAUUUUAAGAGCCACAUCUCUGUUGUAUAGUUCGAUAAAUAUAUUGUUUUGAUUGUUCA